AUUGAAAUCUAAUACUAUCUAGAAAGAGAUUGAUAUAGAGAGAGAAAGAGAAACAAAGAGUCUUCUCUCGAUGGCAACAACAACAAACGCCACCACCACCCACUAUCCAGACGACUUCAAAUGCCCGAUUUCUCUUGAGAUAAUGUCGGAGCCGGUCAUCCUUUCUUCCGGCCACACCUUCGACCGCUCCUCAAUCCAACGGUGGCUUGACGCAGGCCACCGUACUUGUCCUAUCUCCAAAUUACCCCUCUCCGACCCUCCUUCUUUAAUCCCUAACCACGCCCUUCGCAGCCUUAUCUCCAGCUACACCGCCCUCAAUUUAUCAAAACCUAAUCAAAACCGAGGAGACCCGGAAACCCUAAUUUCUAACUUGACUUCGAAAUCGUCGUCGCCGGAGGCUAAGCUUGUCUCGAUUGAACAGCUCUGUCAGCUUUCAAAACGCGAUUUCGAGCUUCGGAAACGGCUGACCGAGUCAGGAGCUGUAGCGGCCGUUCUGGCUUGUAUUUCGAGGAAAAAUUAUAUUACUUUGCAGGAGAAAGCUUUAAAAUUUCUGUUGAAUUUGAGCUUAGAUGAUGACAACAAGGUGGGUUUGGUGGCAGAGGGUGCAAUUUGUAGUAUCAUUGCUGCUUUAUGUGGCGGAGAGUCUGCAGAUUGUAGGGCAACGGCGGCAACGGUGUUGACGAGUCUAGCGGUUGUGGAAGUCAAUAAAGCAACAAUCGGCGCAUACCCUUUUGCGAUUAGAGGGUUAGUUACGCUUUUGAGAGAGGGCGGAGGACGCGAGAGGAAAGAAGCUGCCACCGCUCUUUACGCCCUUUGUUCUUUUCCGGAUAACCGGAGACGAGCGGUGGAAUGUGGGGCGGUGGAAAUCUUAGUGAUUUCAUUGAAUUCCGGGCUUGAAAGGGCGGUUGAAGUAUUGGGUUUAUUGGCGAAAUGUAAAAGAGGGAGAGAUGAAAUGGUCAGGUUUAAUGGCUGUGUAAAGAGUUUGAUUCAUGUUAUACGAAAUGGAAGUUGGAGAGGUGUUCAAUAUGCACUCAUGACAUUGAAUUUACUUUGUUUGAGUAGUGAAGUAAUUUGUAUGGAGGCAUUGAAGGAAGGUGCAUUUGACAUUUGUUUGAGGUUCUUGGAUGAUGAUAAUGAAAAAAUUAGGAGAAAUGCUUCAAGUUUGAUCAAGGUUUUCGGUGGUGCAGGUUGUGUUUGAUCCAUCGGGAGAUCGAGACAGAUGAAGCAAUCAACGAAGAUAGUUAAAUAUUCGGAAGAAAACAAACAUUAAAGGUAUGUUUUUUCAUGAAAAAUUACGGAAUUUAUAAAAAAAAUGUUGAUAGAUAGUUGAAAAAACAAAAGGAAUCUUGAAAGAUUCUGUGAUUAAUUUGGUGAGUUUGGAUGCACCAACUAUGCUUGCAGGCUUAUGAAAGUGAUGUUAUUGACUAA